AUGGAAAUAGAAGUAAAGCUACGGCUCGCCUCCUCCGCCUCCCACGAACGCCUCUCCGCCGUCCUCUCCCCCUUCCACCGCCGCACUCACUUCCAGCAAAACCUCUUCUUCGACGGCCCCAACGCUGAGCUCUCCUCCUCCCUCGCCGUCCUCCGCCUCCGCUUCUACGACCUCGACUCCCGCUGCGUCCUCUCCCUCAAAUCCAAACCCCGCAUCUCCGGCGGCAUCAGCCGCAUCGAGGAGCAGGAGGAACCGCUCGACCCCACCUUCGGCCGCCACUGCACCGCCGAGCCGCGCCAACUCUUACGGAUGGAGUCCUCCGACAUUAUGAGGCGAGUGAGGGAUGAAUUCGGUAUGGAGGAAAAGGGUUUAGUCUGUUUGGGAGGGUUUAGGAACGUAAGAGGUGUUUACGAGUGGAAUGGGCUGAGAUUGGAGGUCGAUGAGACGGAUUAUGGAUUCGGGACGUGUUACGAGGUCGAGUGCGAGAGCUCGGAGCCUGAGAGGGCCAAGGAUUUGAUAGAGGAGCUGUUGAGGAGCAAUGGUGUUGAGUAUAGGUAUUCUGCGGUCUCUAAAUUCGACAUAUUUCGGGCAGGGAAUUUGCCUGAUUGA